UUAGCCCAAGUUUAGAUCCUUUUAGCAGAAAAGCCCAACCCACGCGAGGCCCGAUGAAAACGGUGCCGGUUUGGGUGUUUAGCGGAGAGAAGUGAAACGCUUUCUAGCUCUUUUUAUCAGCCCCGACGGCUCUGCCUUGAAAGUUCUCUGGUUUCUCUGAGCUUGUUUCGACGUCAUGGACGAUCCGGUAUUGCAGAAAAUAGCAAUAUCAGGGCCCACGUUGGCCUCCAUGAUCCAGCGGCUCUCGUCGUCGCCUGCCGACGUGGACGGUCUCCUCUUCGGCCACGUCACUUACAUCACCCCUUCCACCCUCCCUGACGAUUCCGCCCAAACUCCCCCGGAUUCCCAGCUCGUCGCCACAAUCUCCAGCUUCGUUUCCUUCCCUUCCCUCCUCUCCUUCUACGACUCGCUCGGCCGAGUCGACUCAUCCCGUCUCGCCCCUCACCUCAACCACAAAUCAAUCGUCGGGUGGUUCUCCUCUCGUCGGAAAACCCCUCUCCGCCCUUCCAUGCGCGAAUUUUCCGUCUCUCGUUCCCUCUCCUCAAUCCCCAGUCUAUCCCUCCCAGUCCAAGACGCUAAUUUCAAUUCCCAUUUCACUCCUUCGAUUUUCCUCCUCUUCACCACUCCUAUACAAGACCAAUUCAUCCAAACCAACCAAUAUCGGGCCUUCCAGUUCCAAUCGGCGAAGCUCCGUUUCAAUCCGGUAUCGAUCGAUAUAGUCAACAUUGGGCCUGCGUUUAGAGGACACUACGGGUCGUUUAGCCCGAACUCUGAGCUGCCCUUUUUGAACUGCGAGUUAAGGAGCUUAACGGCGAUGAAUGAAGAUAGAACUGAGGAGAACUUAAGUGGAAUGAAACAAGCGGGUAAGGAUCAGUCGGAGUUGGAUAUGUGCGCCGAGGGAAUGCAAAUUGGGAGACUGAGCCGGUUGAUUGGACCGGAAGCCGUUAAUUACACGGCGGGAUUAGAGGAUUUAUAUCAGAAAAUGCUUUCCAAAAUUGAGAGCUUGGCCAGGCUCGUUGAAACCAGCUCAGCUAAGGUUCUUGAACAGGAAAACCACAACAGGAAGUUAAGGUACAAAGUUGCUCGGUCUACCGGAGUUGAAUGAUUGCUUCCUGUUGUUCAUCCUCAUGCCAGCUUAUUGGUUUUCCUGCUGACUCUUUGAAGACAGAAAUUCCUGAUCUUGGAGCUGGCAUAUGAAAGAUUAUAGACUUCGUGCUUCAUAAGGUUGGGUUUCUCUAUUGACGAUCAAGCACUGAGCAUGAGUUUGAUCGAUUUAUUCAACAGUUGCCGCCAAUACCUCAUGAAUUCAAAAAUUCUUCAGGCGGUCAUUCAACCAAAGGACAGUUUUGAAAAGCUCGGUUCUGGACUUUGUAUACUACCUAUGAUGUUGUGCCUUGUACAUUGCUCUUUUUCUUCUGCAUCUGCUCUUUAAAUUUCCUUCUGUACUCUGGGACUCAUGGUUUGUGAAUUAUGAUAAGAGAAAGUGAAUUCAUUUAAGAAGACUUGAUGUA